AUGGCGCUAUACGGGACUUCCGAUGCUUUAAUGUGCAGGACGUUCCCAACAACCCUGCGGGGUCCGGCCCGUGCAUGGUAUGGCGGCCUGAGGGCCAGGACCAUCGCCUCCUUCGACCAACUCACCAAAGACUUCGAGCUUAGCUUCCUGGCUUACGCUCCACCAAAACCGUCCGCAGCAUUGCUCCUCGGACUCAAUCAAGGGGAGGACGAGCCUCUCUCCCUUUUUGUGAACCGCUUUAUGACACAAAUCCGCGGACUAUCAGAUGCUCACCCCUCUCUACUGAUGCAGGCGUUCAUGACAGGCCUACGGCCCUCCCGGUUCUUCUGGUCUCUCGUGGAGCGACCCCCUGCUGCGAUCCCCGAAAUGAUUCAACGUGUUGGCCAGUUUAUCGCCGCGGAGACAUGGAUGGCUGGAAAGCGGGAAGAGCGCAAAAAAGUCAAAAUGGAGCCACCCCGACAACAGCAGCCCACCACCUCCCGACGCAAGCUGGAUAGGUCAGACCCAAGACCUCCUUCCCCCGCCUUGAAUUCCUCAGGCACGGAAAUAUUUCUCCUCGAGAAGGGGAAGGGACUACUCAAGGAGCCCCACCCGAUGAGGAGCCCGCGAGAACUCGCGGACCGCUCAAAAUACUGCUGA